AUGGUAGCGAGAAUCGCUCGACUCGCGGGUGAAAAGGUGCGAUUGGAAAGACGUUUUAUGCACGUUGGUGGUAACUACGCGAGCACUAGUGACGAUACUAAUAACGCAAGACUUGAGUGGCGCGAAAUAGAUACUGCGUUCGAGAGCCGUAUCUUAACCGGUGCAGUGAUUAACGUGCGUCACAUUGAGCCUCGUCAUUUUCUAGAAGAUGCUAAAGACAUUGUGCUAGAGCGAGUGCGGGAGACAAUAGACAAACAUGGUAGUAUAAAAGUGAACACCGCGUUCAAUGGCGAAUUUAUAGCGGGAGAUAAACGUGCCAACAAGAGUGUAAAUACAAAAAAUUAUACACUCUUUCAAUUAUCAGAUUUAAAUGAAUGGUAUGAGUUGUACGUUAUCGAGCCUACGUUAGCGUUGCUCGAAGAAUUUCAAGAACGCGAUAGUGGGUGGGCGUUAUCACGUAUUUUAAAUUUAACUAUUAAUAUAAAUAAAUAUAAUUCUAUGCGUGCGGGAUGCCAUUUUACAUUACCACGGCCUAUUAUGCUGAAAAGAGCGGUAGUGAACGUGCAAUCUGAAGACAAUGCAUGUUUCGCAUGGUCAGUGGUCGCCGCUCUACAUCCUGCAGAAAGACAUAGUGAUAGAGUGUCGUCGUACCCACAUUAUUCAACAGUUCUAAAUUUUGGUGACAUAGAGUUUCCAAUCGCGCUGAAAGACAUUAAAAAAUUCGAGCGACUCAAUAACAACAUUUCCAUUAAUGUGUACGGCGUCGAAGAGGAUAGAUUUGUCCCCCUGCGACUUUCCGAUAACAAGAAGGAGAAACAUGUAAACUUAUUGUACAUGCAAGAACCGCACAACGAUAACAUAGGCCAUUUCACAUGGAUAAAAAAUUUGUCCUGCCUCGUGAGCUUGCAAGUGAGCAAACACAAUGGAAAAGUAUACAUUUGUGAUCGAUGUCUACAUUACUUUCAUUCCGAGGAAAAGUUAGAAUCCUACACAGCGGACUGUAAUCAGAUGAACGACUGCGCAAUUCUUUUACCGAGUGAAAAAGACAAGUGGUUGAAAUUCCGUAACCCGACGAACAAGGAGCAACUUCCAUUUGUUGUAUACGCUAACUUGGAGUGUGUGCUGCAGAAGACGCAAUCUAACAUGGAGAAAGAAUCAACAUCAUACAAAUACCAACACCAUCAGGUAUUCAGCAUUGGAUACUAUGUGCAAUGCUCAUUUGACGAUACGUUAUCCGUGUAUAGAUUUUGUCGCGAUCCUGAUUGCGUCACGUGGUUUACAAAACAGCUAGAAGAAUUGUCACAUAAUGUUAAGACGCGUUUAUCCGCUAAUGUUCCCAUGAUUCCAUUGUCAAAAGAACAGUGGGAGGCAUACCUUUUCCACAAUUUAUCAGGUUAUGAUUCACACUUUAUAAUAAAGGAAAUAGCAACCGCGUUUGAAGGUGGAGUUAGUUUACUACCAAUCACAAAAGAAAAGUAUAUUUUCUUUACCAAAACCGUUAAAGAUACCACCGAAGAAGAUUUGCAAAAACAUAUCCAGCUAAGAUUCAUUGAUUCAUGUAGAUUCCUUUACACUAGUCUUGAUAAAUUAGCGUCAUAUCUUAAUACUGAUAAAUUAAAAAUUGUACGGUCAGAAUUUUCAAAUUUAUCUAGCGAAGAAUUUAGUUUAUUAACGCGGAAGGAUGUAUUUCCUUAUGAAUAUGUGGAUUGCGCGGACAAGUUGCAAAACACGUGUUUACCGCCGCGCGAAUCAUUUUUCAGUAGCUUGACCGGUGAUACGGUGUCCGAGAGCGAUUACGCGCACGCUGAGAAUGUCUGGAAGCGAUUCUCUAUUCAAAAGCUAGGUGAAUACAGUGACUUAUAUUUAAAAACAGAUGUUUUGUUAUUAGCUGACAUUUUUAAAAAUUUUCGUGACACAUGUAUUCAAAGUUAUGGUCUCGAUCCUGCACAUUAUUAUACACUCCCCGGAUAUACGUGGGAUGCUAUGCUAAAAUAUACUAAAAUUACAUUUGAACUACUCACAGACAUUGACAUGAUAUUGUUCAUUGAGCGCGGUAUACGUGAAGGUUUAAGUCAAUGUUCAGGUAGAUAUGCACAAGCGAAUAAUAAGUACAUGCAGUCGUACGACUCAUCUAAACCGUCGUCGUACCUGAUGUACUUUGACGUCAAUAAUUUAUACGGAUGGGCAAUGUGCCAACCUUUGCCUUACGCUAAAUUUCAAUGGGUUGAAGAUAUCUUAAAUUUUAACGUGAACACAAUUGCUCCGGAUUUACCCACUGGUUACAUUCUCGAGGUUGAUCUUGAGUAUCCUCAAAAUCUUCACGACGCGCACGCCGAUCUACCGUUCUGUCCGACGCACGACAAGCCGCCCGGUACGCGAGAAGAGAAAUUGCUUGCAACUGUUUGCGAUAAGAAGCGUUACAUCAUUCAUUAUCGCAACUUGCAACAGUGCAUGCGUCAUGGUCUCCGCGUAAUACAAAUACACCGCGUGUUAAAAUUCGCACAAUCUCCAUGGCUCCGCAAGUAUAUUGAAUUAAACACACAAUUCCGAACCCUUGCAAAAAAUGAUUUCGAAAAAAAUUUAUAUAAACUUAUGAAUAAUGCGGUAUUCGGGAAAACUAUGGAGAAUGUGCGCAAUCACGUUGACGUAAAACUGUUAACAAAAUGGAACGGACGGUACGGCGCGGAGGCAAUGAUCGCAAAACCUAAUUUUCAUAGUAGAAACGUAUUUUCAGAGAACCUAAUCACUAUCGAACUGCGUAAUCUCGAGGUGAAAUUCAACAAGCCGAUCUAUGUAGGAAUGUGUAUACUCGACAUUUCCAAAAUCUGUUUGUAUGAAUUUCACCACGAGUACAUGCUAUCACUGUAUCGCGAUAAAUGCAAAGUAAUGUAUACCGAUACCGACAGUCUCAUAUAUCAUGUCGAGUGUGAGAAUAUUUAUGAAAAUAUGAAACGCGAUAUUGCAAGAUUCGACACCAGCGAUUAUGCAUACGGUAUGCCUCUUGAAAAUAAAAAAGUGCCGGGUCUGAUGAAGGAUGAGAACAACGGUGCGAUAAUGAUCGAGUUUGUUGGACUCAGGGCGAAAAUGUAUGCAAUGAGAGUGGAUGGGAAGAAUGACACCAAAAAAGCUAAAGGUGUCAAGAGCAGCGUCGUCGCGCGAACUAUAACAUUCGAUGAUUAUACACGCUGUCUCCGUGAUGAAAUCGAAAUGACACGUCGUCAAUCAUGUAUACGAUCAAAGUUACACGAAGUAUACACGAUAUUUGAAAAAAAAAAUGAGCCCGUACGAUGA